UCAAGAUCCAUGGAUUGUGUUCUGAUUUUGAAUCCAUCCAACUCGUCGUGAGUGGUACGCGGGGGUGAAACAAUGUCGACCAGCGCAGAAUCCCCAGGUUUACGGAACCCGUUCCACAACCCGAUCCCCUCUUCGCUUUCAUCUGAAUGCGCAAAGGCAGCGGCGAUUAUCGACUCCUUUAUCAACCCGAAAGUGGUCGGCGAUGGCGGGAUUCCGCGUAAGAUCCUUUUGCGCGCUAAAGCCCUGAUUAUCUGCACCGUAUUUCGAAUAGGAUUUAUGGGUAGCGUGCGUUUUGGUUCUGGGGUUGUCGUGGUUCGUCUCCCCGACGACAGCUGGUCUGCUCCAUCAGCCAUUGGCCUCGGCGGGCUGGGAUUCGGUGGGCUCAUUGGAGCCGAGUUAACGGAUUUUGUGUUCGUUCUCUAUAACGACGAAGCGGUCACGAAGUUCAUGCAAUCCGGUUUCCUGCAUUUGGGCCUUAAUGUCUCGGCUGCGUUCGGGGUGGGCCGCAGUGCGGAAUCUGGUGGUAUAGCUGGAGCUAAGGGCGUGUCGGGCUUCUACUCCUUUUCAAAAACUCGGGGGUUGUAUGGGGGUGUCUCUGGUGAAUUGGGAGUUAUCACUGAGCGCUCACGGGCCAACAAGAAGAUCUAUGAGCGGAAACUCAAAUCGGUUCAUCUGGCUGGUGGGGAGAUUCCUUCUCCUCGUGAAGCUGAAUCACUGAUUCACAUUCUCAAUUCGAUGGUGCCUCGUCCUUCCAAAAAGCCCAUUGGAAACCCUGCUGUGGAUCCCAGUGCGAAUCUCAGUGCGAAUCCCGUUGCGAACCCUGUUGUGAACCCCAUUGUGAAUCCUGAUUCCAGUGGACUCCAAUCUCUUGGUCGUGAAGUGCCGCCGGAACUGGAAAUGGGAGACUUAAGUAAUUUGGGUCCUGGGCUUUCUGAAAUCGGAUCUUCUGAAGCCCACUGGAGUGGGUUGUCUGCUCCGGGUACCACACAUAAACCCAGGGAGCUUAACACAGUCCCUCGAGAGCUCCUCGGUAACCCAAUCCAACCUGUUGAGUCGGCUGAGCCCGCUCAGCCUGCUGAGCCUACUGAACCUUCAAAGGUUUUCGAGCUGGAGUCCCAACAUGGCUCUACGCUACCGCCCAGCGAGGACCUCUCGCAUCAUGCGUCUGUGAACUCGUCUACUGGGAGCUCUUCGCAACACGCAUCGCUUCAAUCGUCUAUUGCCAACCCACUGGAAACGCGAGAAACACAAGACUCGUCUGUUGUGGCUCCUCCCGGUAUCAUUCCUGAGAAUCCAUCCAAGGAAGCGCAGGCCGAACAUGCGACAGAGAAUGACGCGACAGUUCAAGCUUGA